CCGCCCGGUCCCUGCGGAGGUGGCGGCCCCGCCGGGCAGGAGCGCGGAGCUGCGGCCGCAGGUUCUCUCCUUUCUGUGUACACGAGCGCAGCGUCCAGUACAUGAAGACAUGAAGACAAAACACACCGCAAUGAAGUCGUACAGUAAGGACAGAUCAUGUUUCAGAGGAUGCACUCGUGCAGAUGAAGAGUGAAGCGGCCAGCCCAGAGAUGAAGCACUGUGCCCUGUGACAUUUCUUUUUGCUGUUUUCACCACUGGAGGAUGGCUGCCAGACUCUGUGAAAAUGGUUCUGGCCAGUACCACUGCACUCACACCAGCCAACCUCUUGAAAUCAGCUACAUGUUGGUCCUGAUUAUGCUUGGAAAAGUCUUUCUUGAUAUCUUCAUGCUGCAAAUUAAGCCAAAACCAGUGAAAGUCAGUUUUAUGGGAUAUUUCUGCAUUUCAGUGGCACUUCUCGAUUCCACACUGCUGCUGAGUAUCUGUUUCAUUUUCUGUUUUGAGGACUUUGCGCUCUGUGGCGUGCGAUUCACAGCGUACCACAUCUGCCUCCUCACUCAGAUCGCUUCUCUCACCUACGGGAUUUUGCCUGUCCCAGUGUAUCUCGUGGCUGCUCUGGAUUAUUACACCACAGUCUCCCAAACAUCCCAAUUCCCUGAAAGAGGUCGGAAGUUACUUUAUGCGUUUGCCGUGGCGGUUACGUGGAUUUCCGGGUUUUUUUGCACUCUGCAAGUCCCCGCCGUCUCCAAAGAGCUGGAAGUGCAGAGCAGCGUUUCCCUUUCCCCGUGCCCUCUGUCUGGCAGCCUGCAGAGCUACUGGGUGUCGUGUGCCAUGGUGCUGCUGCUGGGCACGGCGCUCCUGGCUCGCUGGAAGGAGGUGACAACCAUGCUGCUGUCUGCCAGGCUCCUCUCCUUUUCCAGCCAGCCUGUGCUGAUGUUCCCCUACGUGCUUAACAACAAAAACAUUCGAUUUAAGUGGCAACUCCUGAGCAGGCUGCUCCUGUGUUUCCUCGGCACUUGGGCGCCGUUUGUUGUUCUCCAGGUCUUGGUUCUGCUCCUGGGUGUGCAGAUCCCGGCCUACGUGGAGAUGAACGUGCCCUGGUUGUGUUUCAUCAACAGCUUUCUCCUGGCAGCUGCCUACUGGUGCCGGUGCCACGACGUGGAGCUGACAGAGGAGGGGUGGUGCACAGACCCCUUUGUCAGCUGGAAAUUCUGCUUUAUGCCGUUCAACAAUGAAAGCACAGAGCCAGCUGACAAGCCAGGCGCAGUAAUUGUCAUCUGUUAAUGAGCUGCCGGCUGAAAAGGCCGCAAAGAAGCAGAACUCUGGUGUUGGGUGGCUGGGUCUCUACAGACAACACAAGGAAACAUCUCCAGAACUUCACUCCAUGGAAAUAAGUCCAGUGUCCAGCAAUACUGCAGUGAAUAUUGCACUGGAGUGCAGGACAUUGAGUCCCAGGGCCAGGGAAUUCAACUUCAAAUUUAAAAAACCACUCCUUAUAUAGAACAAGUUUUCAGUUCAACUUCAUGUUUCUGACUGGAAUUUGACACUUCUUUUAAAUGGAAUGAUCUCAGGGUUUACAGUACAAAAUGCAAUAAAGUCUCCGAGGCUGGAGUUACGUACACAUGCUGACCUAAGGUUUAAAUGACUUUCUGAAGCAUAUGUUGUUGUUAAAAUGUGGAUUUUUGGCAGCCUGACGGAAGGUAAGAGUUGCUAUCUGCUUAACAAGAGAUAACUUGUUUUACUUAGUUACAACUCCUACAGAAAGAGAAACUUUAUACAGCGCAAAACCAGUGCAAGAUGUGCAAAUUCCACAACCACAGGAGAGGUGCUGUUCCAUUGUUUCUUUGCUGCUGCUCCUCUAAAGUACAUGAACAUAUUAAAAAUUAAACAAUUAGAGCAACAAACAUCAGGGUUAGCUGCUAUACAUAAAUACAUGCCCAAGGUUAAAGAGUGGUUUAAAUUAAAAUAUAGCUUAUCUUGAAGCCAAAAUUACUUUAAAAUAGUUAAAUAUGAAUGGGAGUACUUUAGCAGGGAAAGAAUUUGCUUCUAGCAAAAAUACUCUCAAUUUUCAAAUUCUUAGAGUUUUACAAUGGACUUGAUUUGAUUUUGUAUAAGAAAAAUAAAUGAUACACAACUAAAGCGGACAAAUGAAAUUAGCAUUUAUUUCUGAAGCACUAAACUCACAAUACAACGCUGUAUUGAAAGAGAAACUAAGUAAAUGAUGCUGUAG